CGCUAGAGGGCGGUCUUGCCGGUUAGACCGUCAAACGACACAUAACAAGGAAGUAGCUAUGUUUUGGGGGGAGGUUUCAAAGCGGGCUCCUCGUCUGAUUAGACGUUGUAUUCUUUACUGAUUAGAGCAUUCCGACAUUGUCAGAAUCAUGAGCUCUUUUGCGGGUCGGAUGAAGGAGUAUCCAAACAUUUCGCUUGACCGCUUCGAUAAGGAUAAUUUACAUGCACGGGCAUAUUUCCUCUCUCAUUGUCACAAAGAUCACAUGAGAGGACUUAAAGGGCCAUUCUUAAAGAGGAAACUUAAAUUCAGUCGAACUAUCAAACUCUACUGUUCAUUUGUUACAAAAGAACUUCUGUUGAGCAAUCCCAAAUAUGCCUUCUGGGAAGAGCGCAUUGUUCCCUUGGAGCUGGACAGCCCCACUCAGAUCUACCUGGUGGACGAAGCAUCAGGAGAGAAGGAAGACCUCCUGGUGACGCUCCUGACCGCCGGCCACUGUCCGGGCUCUGUCAUGUUUCUGCUGGAAGGGUCCAGGGGGAACGUUUUGUACACGGGAGACUUCCGGCUGGCCGAGGGGGACGCCUCUCGCAUAGAGCUGCUGCACUCCGGGACCAGGGUGAAAGACAUCCAGAGUGUAUAUCUGGACACCACCUUUAUGGAUCCCCGCUUCUACCAGAUUCCUAGUCGGGAGGCCUGUUUGAGUGGGAUACGAGAACUGAUCGGUAACUGGAUCAGCAAGAGUGCCUACCACGUUGUGUGGCUCAACUGUAAAGCUGCUUACGGAUACGAAUACCUGUUUACCAACCUGGGAGAGGAGUUCAAUACUCAGAUCCACGUGAACUGUCUGGAAAUGUUUAAGAAGAUGCCCGAGAUUCUGAGCUAUCUGACAACGGACCGAAGAGUGCAGAUCCACGCUUGCCGUUACCCCAAGAUGGAAGAUUUUAUGCCUGGCAACCGGUUGCCGUGCGGCUCGGUUGCCCCCGACGGCACACCGCUUCACAUCAUCAGCAUCAAACCGUCCACCAUGUGGUUCGGAGAGAGGAGCAGGAAGAGCAACAGCGUCGUCGUCAAAACGGGAGGCAGUUCCUACAGAGCUUGCUUCAGCUUCCACUCGUCCUACUCUGAGCUCAAGGACUUCCUGGCUUACCUCCAGCCAAUCAACAUCUACCCCAGUGUGAUACCUCUCGGACGCACCCUAGGAGAAGUCACCGAUUUGUUGAGGCCCCUCUGCAGGAACCAGGCGUCGCAAGCAGUGUUCUUAUACAGACCCCUAGGAGAGCUGAAACGCACCCGGGCAGAGAAACCUGUGUACGAUUCUGACAGCGGCGACGGGCUGUUUGAGGGUUCGAAUUUAGCCCCAAUGAGGAAGAAGAUGGCACUGAACCAGGAAGAGAAGGACCAUGUGAAGGAGGGGAGCACUUUGAGGGACAUCCCCGUAGCAGAGGAACCGUUUCCCCUGAACGACCACGCCGCCACGGCCUCCCUCUCCAUGCUCGGCUACAUAGACUGCACCGAGUCCAACGACGAAGAGGACGGCGACGAGGUGGAGGAGGAAGAGGAGGCGGGGGACGACGGGGAGACGGUGACUAAUCCCGCCCUCGAAGCAGAGUCCGGAAAGGAGGCGGACGAGGAGGUGGGAGAUGAAAGGCUGACGACGGGAGUCGCGGAGGGGAAGGGCGGAGUCGGGGCUGUGGACCGAGCCGCGGGCCCGCCGCGUCCGAAGUGGGACGACUUCUUCACGGCGGACGCGCUGCCCGACAGCCAGGGCAGCCUCACCAGCCUCUCCCAGUCCUGCUGCUCGGCUCGGAGCUCCUCCCCCUCCAGGCUGACCGGCUCGCAGACCCCGGAGCUCUUCAGCGACGCCGAGAGCGCCGACGAAGCCGUCGGCGGCGCGGGAAGAGGGGCACCGGUUCCCCUCAAUCGCCGGCCCAAGUCACCGAUCCAUCCCGUCGGACCGGACCGCGGCACGUCGCCUUUGCCCGACACCUUGAUCCUCCUAUCCAAGCCACAGCAGCAGGAGGAGGAGGGCGGGGCAGGGGUCCGUCCAUCGAACAAUUGCGGGUCUCCGAGGGAGCCGGGAGACAGCCGGAGCGUGCGGACGGGGGAGCGGGCGGAAUUGCCAGACUCUCAAGCGUCGUCGGACUUUGACAUCCCGUGCACGCCAGAGUCCCAAGCGCCCAAACAGGAAGAGCUCUCUGCGCUGUACAGGACAUUGGCCUCCGGGGAGGAAGUGGCCGUCUUCAGGAAAGGAAGUCAGGGUUCAAUGUGAUUUGGCGUUCCAUUUGGGAGGGUUCGAGGUGCCAUCGCCUCGUUUUGAGGCGAUGUCACCUCGCGGCUCCUCACCGCACUCGAGUUAGGCUUUUAUAAGCGUAGGAGUUUUUCUGAAUAGCUCAUUCAAAUGUCAAAGCUAUGCCUCGACGGUGUUAGACCUCAGUAUUAAACUUCCAUGUUGUAUAGUGUCUGGUUGGGUCCAAAAUGAGAAACGCCCAAGCAUGCACAUGCACACUCACACAGAUAGACAGGGGAAGGAUACACUGAGGACCAAAGGGUCUCAUCCAAUGUUCAUGUUACACAUAAUAAGACACACAUGCACGCAUACAUUCACACUUGUUGCCAACAUUGUAACCCUAUUCAGUUUACCUGGAAACCCCAGGAAUCUAGUGGGUAAUAUUUUAUCGCGUAUGCUAUGCAACCAUAUGAAGCACUAAAUGAUUCGGUACAUUUCAGGAAAAAACCUUAAUCUGUCAAACCAUCAAUGUUGAACAGCAAUUUAGUGAUCCUUCUUUGGUGUUUGACUUUCACUGCCGUUGAUCUCUGAACCUGAUUGCAAAUGCAGCUUAACAUAUGGCUGCAACUCCAGCUAAAUGGCUCCCUUCAAUCAAUCUGUAGUGUUGGUGCACCUGCUUGAUACACCGAACUCCCUGCCACCUCAAAAUGACAGUUCGGGGUAAGACCUGGUGUGUGUGUGUGUGUGUGUGUGCGUGUGCGCGUGCGUGCGUGCGUGCGCGCGCGCGCGUAGGACGGCAUCGUCUGACUAUCUUUUAAGUUAUGUGAAUGUUUUUACUUUUUUUUGUUCUUAAUCUGUCUUGUCUAACUUAUUCAAGUCUUGUCAAGAUCAGAUGAUAUCAAACUAAAUUCAUUUCCUCAAACUAACACACGGUCUUGUCUGACAUCUUGUUUAACUCGAGAAAAGAAGAGUGUUCAAAUCCCAUUUCUAACAUUUGUUCCUCACAUAAAAAAUUCAUAAUCUACCAAAAAAAAUGAUUUUUUACACCAAUCUCAUGCUUCCUUAGUGGCAAUAGCUGCGGUUGAUUUGAGUUCUAAAAAAAGGUUGCCUUCAUACCUUGUGUCAGCGCAGGAUCAGAUGGUUGCCUGUUAGAAAUGGUCGGAUCAUCUCCAGUAUGGAUUUCUCCAAACUGGACCUCAUAAUCUGCUCACAUUUUCUCUGUCGAAAAAUGAUGUAUUCUUUAUUCAGUUGCUCACUAGCAUUGAUAGAAAAUCCACAAAUUGUGUCAAACAGUCUCUCAAAAUGGGCCUCAUUUCUAAUUUUUCGACUUUUUUGUUCUAUUCUUUUGCUCACUAGCUGUAACUGAUACCGUUAGUUCAAGCUUGUGUAUAAGCAAACAACCGGCCUUGUGGCGCAACGGUAGCGCGUCUGACUCCAGAUCAGAAGGUUGCGUGUUCAAAUCACGUCAGGGUCAGGUAUUUCUAUGGUAGUCGUUCUUUAAGUCAUGAUCUAAGAGUUUCUGCCGUGAAACUAUGAUAUUCCAAUUAUCAGACACUAUCUACUGGCAACAAAGAAGGUAAUGUCAGUGGUCUUAAAGAGCUGUAUUUCAGACCUUUUGGCGCAACGGUAGCGCGUCUGACUCCAGAUCAGAAGGUUACGUGUUCAAAUCACGUCAGGGUCAGCAGAUUUGUAGAAUACAUUGUGGCAGACAGGUUCUCAAAAUGGGAAUAAUUUCUCAUAUGUUAUUAUUUUUUUGCUGUAUUCUGAGGCUCACUAGCUGUAACUGAUGCCGUUCUUUCAAGCUUGUAUAUAAGCAAACAAUCGGCCUUGUGGCGCAACGGUAGCGCGUCUGACUCCAGAUCAGAAGGUUGCGUGUUCAAAUCAUGUCAGGGUCAGGGUUGUCUUUAUUAGACGGUCCGUAAAUCUUGAUCAAAGAGUUUUUGCCGUGAAAGUAUCAUUUUCCACUAAUCUGACACGAUCUACUGGCAAUAAAUAACGACAAGUAA